GCGUGGAGCUACGGCGUCCCGCGGACUGUCUUCCAUGCAGGCAGGAUCUGGUGCUUUGAAGACAUUUCCCAAGUACCUCCUGUCAGCCAGCAAAUCUGAUCCACAAGGCCUGGAAGAAGAAGACUGUUAAGUUGUAAAGGGGUGGUCUUGUUCAGCUCAGUUUUCCCCCAGACCAAGGGACCUGAGACGGAACGGAUGGACUUGGCCUUCUCCAUGGCACACCGGCUGCAGAUACGACUGCUGACCUGGGAUGUGAAGGACACACUGCUGAAGCUUCGCCGCCCCGUGGGGGAAGAAUAUGCUGCCAAGGCCCGGGUCCACGGGCUGGACGUGGCGGCCACGGCCCUGGAACAGGCCUUCAGGCAGGCCUACAGGGCUCAGAGCCACAGCUUCCCCAACUAUGGCCUGAGCCAGGGCCUCACCUCCCGCCAGUGGUGGCUGGAUAUGGUCCUGCAGACCUUCCGCCUGGCUGGAGUGCAGGAUGCCCAAGCUGUGGCCCCCAUUGCUGACCAGCUAUACGAGGACCUCAGCAGUCCACAUACCUGGCAGGUGUUGGAGGGGGCCGAGACCAGCCUGAGGGGGUGCCGCAAGCGGGGUCUGAGGCUGGCAGUGGUCUCCAACUUCGACCGACGGCUAGAGAACAUCCUGGUGGGUCUUGGCCUGCGGGAACACUUCGACUUUGUGCUGACCUCUGAGGCUGCCGGCUGGCCUAAGCCAGACCCCCGCAUUUUCCGUGAGGCCUUGCGGCUUGCUCAUGUAGAACCGGCUGCGGCAGCCCAUAUUGGGGACAGUUACCGCUGUGAUUACCAGGGUUCUCGUGCUAUGGGUAUGCACAGCUUCUUGCUGGUUGGCCCAGAGCCUCUGGACCCUACAGUCAGGGAUUCUGUACCUGGAGAACACAUCCUCCCCUCACUGUCUCAUCUCCUGCCUGCCCUUGACCGCCUGGAGGGCUCAACCCCAGGGCUUUGA